UUUUUCUUUCUUCAUCCUCUGUUUCAGUCUCCUAGAAACUGCGAGAACACGCUGUAUUCGGAUUGAAGAAAAAAAAUCAAGAUGUCAUCGUCUACGGUGGCCAAUCAAGUGAGGGCAUCUCACAUACUCAUCAAACACCAGGGCUCUCGCCGCAAGGCUUCUUGGAAGGAUCCAGAAGGUCGAGUCAUCUCCGCCACCACCAGAGACUCCGCCGUCUCGCAGCUCAAACUCCUCCGCGACGACAUCGUUUCCGGCAAGGCUAAGUUCGACGAUAUUGCCUCUCGCUACUCCGAUUGCAGCUCCGCUAAACGCGGCGGUGAUCUCGGUCCUUUUGGUCGAGGCCAGAUGCAAAAGCCAUUUGAGGAUGCGACGUAUAGUCUCAAGGUUGGUGAGAUAAGUGACAUUGUGGAUACCGACAGUGGGGUUCACAUCAUAUUGAGAACAGGUUGACUAUUGGUGAUGAAGCCUGGAUAUGGUGAGCAAUAGAUGGUCUGUUCGGAAAAUCUAUCCAAGAACAUUCUGAAAUCACUUCUGAUAAUGCCUAUGGCUAAUUUCAUUGAGGUCUGUUUUACACUUUAGAAUCACCUAAAUGCAUGGGAGAAUUUGGUUGCUAAAGCAUUUAAUUUUCAAAGCUUUUUAUUUUUAUUUUGUUGUGGCCUUUUUAUAAUAAAAAGCAUUUGGUAACUAAAUUUCUCUGCCCUCUU